AUGGGAAACCUGAAUAUUGCUGAUGACGCUGUUGAUUUGCCUGCAAGCCUGGACUCCUUAUCGCUCGGUCAACUGAAAGGUUUGGCCGGGAAUCAACCGAAGCCAAAGCCCCAGCAGUAUGCGAUGCGCUACGAAGAUGAAGACAGUGUUUUUGAUGAGAUCGAAGAAUUCUUUUCCUACAUUGAAAUGCGAUAUAUCUCCGGUAAUCUCAACGCCUGGCAGGCCUCGUUUAAUGGAGAAUGGAUCAAAACAUCCGCAGCAGAGAAAAAGGCGCACAUCGAAGUCCUUCUGGAGAGUUUGGAACAUCGAGACAGUGAAAUACGGUGGACGAAUGCCCGAAAGCUUUUGUAUUUGCUUCAAGGUGUAUUCGCCGAAACUACGUCCCCCGAGCACCACCUCCACAUGAUCAUUGAGAACUGUAAAAUUGUUCGCGCUGCGAAUGGUGUGCACGACAUCGUGGAGGCGCUCCAAGUCGCGAACUCAAAGCAUGAUUUGAUAUCUUCCCUUCCAGACGCUGACUUACAGCGGCUCGGGAUCACGGAAAUUGAGAAACAGGAGUCAUUGGAUGAUAUUAAUACAGAAGUUUCGUUUUACUGUGGCAUGCUAUAUUUCUUGGUGCAAAUCUUUAAAGGGGAUGAAGAGUUCGCGGACGAGCUGAUGAGCUUAGAAACACCACUUCCAAUAUCACUCUUCAAUAUGGUCUCGGCAAUAAAGGAUAAAAGUCUGAGAGGCUAUCCCGUCAAAAAGGUUUUAUUACUGUUAUGGAAGACAAUGCUGGCGUGCUUUGGAGGUAUGCGGGAACUAGCACGCGUCAAGAAACUGGCACGCGAGUUAGCCGAUUUGCCACCUGUAAAUGAUGAAGUUGCUGUUGUCAAGUCUAGUCCUAUUGACUUCAAGCAAUUCCGUCAAGAGACAUCCGUCAAAUACCCAACUUUCACGCCACAUCAAAAAUCAGAGGCGGUAAUCGAGAGAAUCGCCACAGCAAUGACACCAUUACCGGUACGACACCAUCACCAUCAUGUGAGCGAAGACCCACCUGCGCCGAAUGUGGGUCAUUCAGGACCGCGGGAAGCGUCUGUGGUGCCGCCUCAAUUACCUCCAACUCCUGCGCCCUCCCCUCCGCCGAAUGCUGGGAAGCCGAAAAAGCAGCUUUACCAAACUGAUCCUAACCGACCUUUUCUAUUCCCAUUUUCUCGCACAGCUGGCCGAGGAAAUGCGAAGCUCGUUCCUUUCGCGAUUGAUGAAGCGGAUCGUCUCUACAUGGCUCAUAUUCAUAUUUCGCUCUCGCUCUUUCAGCUUUGGCAGACUCGAGAAGCGUACAUCUUAGAUGAAAACGGUCUUGAUCCCAAUUCUCCUCAAGGCGUGGCCGCUUUGGAGCUCAAAGCUACUGCAGCUUUCGGCACUUCGAAGUUCACACAGAAGAAAAAUCCAGCGAUCCAUCCGUCCGUUGAUUCCUUUGACGAAUCUACUGAGAGCGCUCUAUCAGAUGUGCAAAAGCUUGAUCGUGCAAUUGUCGAAGCUCGAAAGUCAGUUGAAUUGAUGGAGAAGCAAGGCGAUCGCACGGCAAAACGCAGAGCAAAGGAGAGGCUAGAUGAUCUUAUCCGUCUUCGCCGGGUGGAGACUCUAUACGUCGCUGUACUCCCUGGACUGGCCAACUGGGUUCUGGUUCUUUUACGUCUGCUACUUGCAUCUGUCAGUGCUGCCGGUGGCCAGGCCAACCAGACAGCUCCCGGCGCGUCCCCAGCCUUUCCUACUCCUGUCUCAGGUGAGAAUAGCGGAAACCCGACUGCACCUCCGCCAACCCUACACGAGAUCGAUAUCAACCGUCAUCGAGAGAUUACAGCUAAAGCUGUUGCAGCUUUGCUUUUCUUGACUUUAAAAUGGUUUAAAGUAUCACACGUUAUGAAAUUCCAUCAUCUUGGAGCGAUGCUUUUGGAGUCGAACAUCUUGGUUUUAAUUCUCAAGAUUCUUGGAUUGCAGGAGACUUCUGUUGCAGUCACCACAAAGAAUGAUUCCCCAGACAACAACUUCUUUCGCUUUUGUAACUUGAAGUUUGCGAAGAACGCCCAGGAAAGACGACCAGAAGAUAUAAUUCUUAAUGCUCCACCCCGCAGCACCCCCGUAAUCUCAAAGCAGACCGCACCUAAGCAGACUGACGGUGAAGACGAAAUUGAAUACAUAACGGACUUCUCUUGGCGAAAUUUCUUUUGUGCAAUUACCUUUGUGCGAAUUAUGCAGAAAAUGACGAAGGGCCGAUCCCAUCGCAUCAACAUGUUAGUGAAUUACAAAAGUUCGGCAAUUCUGAAACGGAUGCUGAAGGUCUCGCAUCCUAUGCUUCAACUACACCUGUUGAAAUUGAUGAAGAGCCAGGUUCCACAUUGCGGCAAAAAAUGGAAGCAAACGAAUAUGAAAGUAAUCACUUCCAUCUAUCUUAAUUGCAGACCCGAUCUGCGAGACGAGUGGCUCACUGGCAAUGAAUUAGAAGAUCCCGAAGAAGCAAUGGCUCAGGAGCAAGCAUUGCGAACCCUUAUCAAGUUCUACAAUGGAAAAAGAUACGGUCAAGCCGUUUCAACAUCGACACAUCCGACGCACCGAAGGGGAUCUAGCAUGUCGAUGCCGAAUCCUGAUCCUAGUCUUGCUAAUGUUGAAAUUCCUCAUCAUCAUAAGCCACUUGCAUCUCCUCACAUGGAAAUGGAUGUUUUCCCCCCAUUGCGUUCGAGAGUUGCUGACUCGUCUGUUUUCACGCCAUACAUUCCCGAAGACAUUGCUUUCGAGGAAGAGUACGAGGAUUACCUUUCUGAUCUUAUUGGUGACGAACCUUCGCGAACGGAAGUCUUCGAUCCAUCGUUGACCACCUCCCGACCCCUUGACGGUCCCACCGACUUGUCUUCAGCAUGGCAGCGAAUCGAGGACUUUGCGGGGAAUAUAGCAGAUGGGAUUAGUGAUAGUGAAAGCAUCGUGUCCAUUGGGGAGAUCGGCGAUGGAGGAAGAAAUGAUGUCGGAUCGCUGGAUUCCGAGUCCAUAGAUGAAAAUCUGAACAAUUGGGAGCAUAUGAGUCCAAAGACUUUCAAGGCCCUUCCCAAAUCACCAGCAAGCGGGGGACGGAGGUCAAGUUCAGGAACCAGUCUUCGACCAGUGCUUCCGUUCGGUUUGGAUGAUGGAAGUGCCAUCGAGGAGGACUUCGAUGAACUGGAUCAACCAGAAUUGGGGCCAAUCUCUACUGGAAGAACGGCACCAUUUGCAGCAAACGAAGGGGGGAAAGGAGUAGACGAAGUUGAAGUGAGUGCCCACACUCUCCAGUGA